UUGAUCCAUCAUCUUGUUCAGCAUAGGUUACCAUGGUGAUUCAUCCCGGCAAGAAGAGCACCAGCGUCGUAGGACGGAGGAGCCGGAGUUAACCCUGAACUUACCGCGAUAACCGCAAACCCUGCUUCGUAGUACAGGCCCCCGGUAGUAUCCUGCUCAGAAAUGGCUGAAGCUCCCACUCGGCCCUGCCGGUUUUUUUGUCACCAGUGCUCCGUAGAGAUCAGUCCGCGUUUACCGGACUUCACCUGUCCACGCUGUGACUCUGGCUUCAUUGAGGAAUUGGCAGAGGGAAGAAGUACUGAAAAUGGGUCUCCAUCCACAUCCUCCUCCAGUGAUCAGAGCCGCUCAGCCUUUGAGAGCAUGGAUCACCAACACUUAUUCACGUUUCCCUCUGGGUAUGGUCCGUUCGCGCUUGGGAUUUUUGAUGAAAAUUUAGACCUUCGAUCAUGGCUGCCCACAGAGGACAACCGAGAGACUGAAAACAGGAGAGAAAGGGAAAUGGCAUCACGUCAGCGAUACAGUCCGCGGCAACCAAGGGGUCGGCAUGUUCCUCGAAGACAGGGUACGCGUCACGAAGGAGUGCCCACAUUAGAGGGAAUUAUCCAGCAGCUAGUAAAUGGCAUCAUAGCACCUACAGCCAUGGCAAACAUUGGGGUGGGACCAUGGGGUAUGCUACAUUCCAAUCCAAUGGACUACGCCUGGGGUGCCAAUGGGCUGGAUUCUAUCAUUACACAGGUACUAAAGUUACUCAACCAAUUUGAAAACACGGGUCCUCCUCCCGCAGACAGAGAAAGGAUUAAGGGUUUACCCACCAUCCGCAUCACAGAGGAACACGUGGGUGCUGGUCUCGAGUGUCCUGUGUGCAAAGAUGACUACAGUGUUGAGGAGCGCGUUAGACAACUGCCAUGCAAUCACUUGUUUCACAAUGAGUGUAUAGUACCAUGGCUUGAACAGCACGAUACGUGUCCUGUGUGCAGGAAGAGUCUUAGUGGACAGAACACAGCCACAGACCCACCUGGGUUAUCAGGAAUGAACUUCUCUCCCCCCUCCUCCUCUUCCUCAUCCUCCUCGAGCUCACCUAGCAAUGAAAAUGCUGCAAGCAACUCAUAGAUUUUCACCACCACCUUCACCACCUCACAUCUGAAAACCUCACACCCAGCUGAGACCCGGCAGCUCGUCUCCACAGCUGAGACCAGGACAGUUGUUUGUCUCAAUUCGAGGGGACGAUAAGAGUCGAGGUGAACUCUGAACGUGUUGCAGACUAUUACUCCUCAUUCCUCCCUGUGGCGGUGAACGGACGCUGACUCUUGCUGCUGUUGUUGCCGAGUGAGGGGCUGGGCAGUGUUGAAGGAGGUUCCAGAAAGGCUGUGAACAAUGCUAAUGAUAAAAGUAAAGUGGGGUUGUGACCAAAACUCAAAGAGUUUGAGCCAGUGUGGACUGCUUUGUGACAAGGCUGGGACACAUUUUAUAGUCAAAACACAAAACAAACAUUGCCUGCGGUGGUGCAGAGUCCAUAGAUAUGUAGAUAGAGCAUUCAUUUUGAAAUGUCAGCCACUGUGCAGCUAAUGGAUCAAACUAAAAGCUUGUGAAAAGGAAGCUGAGUGUAUGCAUCAGGUUUUUAUUUUUCAGCACCUUCAUUUUGCACAAAAUAAUGUCUAAUGUUGAGAAUGUGAGUUGCGGUAAACUACUGGAACCAAAUGAAAACUUUUUUUAGGAUUUGUUCUUUUAUUAGAGCUGAAAUCUCUUGACAAGGUAAAGAUCCUCGCAGCUAAACAAUGGACACAUUUUUAAUCCUUGAGUGAAUACAUUCACAGACCUACUUAUUUAUUAGGCCAUUGCCCAAUACAUGAAAUGUAAAAGCAAAAAAAUAAAACUAAUAAAAAGGCAUUGGAUCAUCUCA